AUGGAUGGUAUUGUACAUAUUAUACUGGAAAUCUUUUUAACUGUGGAAUUUACGAUUGGAGUUUUAGGAAAUGGAUUCAUAACAGUAGUGAACUGUGUGGACUGGGUCAAGAGAAGAAAGAUCUCUUCAGUUGAUCAAAUUCUCACUGCUUUGGCACUCUCCCGAAUUGGCCAGCUCCUUUUCCCAUUAGUAUAUGCAUUAAUCUAUGCACUGCAUCCAGGUGUAUUUAUGUCUAGAAAAAUGUUAAAAAUAAUAAUUAUUCCUGGGGCAAUGACCAACCAUUUCAGCAUCUGGCUUGCUGCAAGUCUCAGCAUCUUUUAUUUUCUCAAGAUAGCCAAUUUUUCUAACUCUCUUUUUCUUUACCUAAAGCGGAGAGUUAAAAAGGUGGUGUCAGUGACCCUGCUGGUGUCUCUAAACUUCUUGUUUUUGAAUAUUGUAUUGAUGAACACUCAAGUUGGUGUCUGGAUUGAUGUAUAUAAAGGAAACCUGUCUUUCAGUUCCAGUUUGGAUAAGUUUGCACAGUUUUCCCAUACUUUUUCAUUCAUCAACGUUAUGUUCAUGGUGAUACCCUUCACUCUGUCCCUGAUGACUGCUCUCCUGCUAAUCUUCUCUCUGUGGAGGCACCUGAAGAGGAUGCAGCACAGUGCCAAAGGGUCCAGGGACGCCAGCACCGUGGCCCACGUGAAAGCAUUGCAAUCGGUGAUCACUUUUCUGCUACUGUAUGUCAUUUUUUUUCUGUCGCUUCUUGUUGAAGUUUGUAACCCUAUGUUUCCUGAUAAAUAUAUUGUUGCUUUAAUUAUCUGGUCUAUUGCAGUGACUUUUCCUUCAGGCCACUCAUUUAUCCUGAUUCUGGGAAAUAAUAAGCUGAAACGGCUUCUCUUUCGGUGUUGUGGUAGCUGA